CUGACGAAGGCUCGCGAGGCUGUGAGCAGCCACAGUGCCCUGCUCAGAAGCCCGGGGCUCAUCAGUCAAGCUGGUUCUAGGCUCUCACUUGGCAGCACGGGCAGGCGAGUGGCCCCUGGUUCCGGGAGAAGAACAGCAGUGCCCCCAGCCCUGGUCUUCCAGCCCAGAGCCUCGCCUGCCCGCACCACACCAGGAUGGCCACCAUCACCUGCACCCGCUUCACAGAAGAGUACCAGCUCUUCGAGGAACUGGGAAAGGGAGCCUUCUCGGUCGUGCGCAGGUGUGUGAAGGUGCUGGCUGGCCAGGAGUAUGCUGCCAAGAUCAUCAACACCAAGAAACUCUCGGCCAGAGACCAUCAGAAGCUGGAGCGUGAAGCUCGCAUCUGCCGCCUGCUGAAGCACCCCAACAUCGUCCGGCUCCACGACAGCAUCUCCGAGGAGGGACACCAUUACUUGAUCUUCGACCUGGUCACUGGUGGGGAGCUGUUUGAGGACAUCGUGGCCCGGGAGUACUACAGCGAGGCCGAUGCCAGCCACUGCAUCCAGCAGAUCCUGGAGGCUGUGCUGCACUGCCACCAGAUGGGGGUGGUGCACCGGGACCUGAAGCCGGAGAAUCUGCUGCUGGCCUCCAAGCUCAAGGGCGCCGCGGUGAAGCUGGCAGACUUUGGCCUGGCCAUAGAGGUAGAGGGGGAGCAGCAGGCAUGGUUCGGGUUCGCAGGGACCCCUGGAUACCUCUCUCCGGAAGUGCUGCGGAAGGACCCUUACGGGAAGCCCGUGGACCUGUGGGCCUGCGGAGUCAUCCUGUACAUCCUGCUAGUUGGGUAUCCCCCGUUCUGGGAUGAGGACCAGCACCGCUUGUACCAGCAGAUCAAAGCCGGCGCCUAUGAUUUCCCAUCACCAGAGUGGGACACUGUCACCCCAGAAGCCAAGGAUCUCAUCAACAAGAUGCUGACCAUCAACCCGUCCAAACGCAUCACGGCCGCCGAGGCCCUCAAGCACCCCUGGAUCUCGCACCGGUCCACCGUGGCCUCCUGCAUGCACAGACAGGAGACCGUGGACUGCCUGAAGAAGUUCAACGCCAGGAGAAAACUCAAGGGAGCGAUCCUCACCACGAUGCUGGCCACCAGGAACUUCUCUGGAGGGAAGAGUGGAGGAAACAAGAAGAAUGAUGGUGUGAAGAAAAGAAAGUCCAGUUCCAGCGUUCAGUUAAUGGAAUCCUCAGAGAGCACCAACACCACCAUUGAGGACGAAGACACCAAAGUGCGGAAACAGGAAAUUAUAAAAGUGACAGAGCAGCUGAUCGAAGCCAUAAGCAAUGGAGAUUUUGAGUCCUACACGAAGAUGUGUGACCCCGGGAUGACAGCCUUCGAACCCGAGGCCCUGGGGAACCUGGUCGAGGGCCUGGACUUCCAUCGAUUCUAUUUUGAAAACCUGUGGUCCCGGAACAGCAAGCCCGUGCACACCACCAUUUUGAACCCCCACAUCCACCUGAUGGGCGACGAGUCGGCCUGCAUCGCCUACAUACGCAUCACGCAGUACCUGGACGCCGGCGGCAUCCCCCGCACGGCCCAGUCCGAGGAGACCCGUGUCUGGCACCGCCGGGACGGCAAAUGGCAGAUCGUCCACUUCCACAGAUCUGGGGCGCCCUCUGUCCUGCCCCACUGAAGGGCCCGGCUGGGGCGCCGUACCGCACAGAUCUACUCUUCGUCCUUGGAACGUCGCUGCUGUUUCUCCCGCCUCGGAUCUUGCUGGAAUUCCCCCAGCCACAUCGCCCCCUACCACCACCGUCACCGCCUCCUUCAUACCUGCAUCAGGAAACCUCGCCCCCCAAAGCCUCCGUGUCUUCAGAGCAAAUGGCCACAUUUCCCCGCCUCCCGCCUGGCACGCUCGGUCUCUGUCCCCAGCCAGGGCAGAGCUUCCUCAGGCCCCGGUGCCCUGCGAGCUGGCCCCCAGGCCCCCCUACCCGGCUGUUGCAGACCUGGCUGGCCUUGGCCACAGGCCGGAAAGCCCAGCUGUGCGUUCACCCAGGGGCUGGGGAGAAGGAGAGGCAGAGUUGGGAGAUCCCUGAUCACUUUCCUUCCAGGGAUCCCCACCGCGCACCCCUCCCCCGCCCCGCCCCGCCCCCGCCGGGAAAGGCAGGGGAACCCUCCUCCCCGCCCCCGCCCCUCCCCCCCUCCCGCCGUGGGAGAGCGGCAGAGCAGCGGAUGCCAGGAGCCUCCUUCUGCUUCAGUGCUUCAGCCUGGCUCCUGACCUCUUCCCCCGUCCUGCCCUCCCCACACAGCUCCGCUUGCCACUUCUCCCUCCCUCGGCGUGGGGGGCGCGAUCCUCUCAGGGUGCCCCCACUUUCUUCCUUCUUCCUUUUCUGACGUUUACCUCCAACACUAACUGCCCAUUCCGCCCCCCCACCCCCACCCCCAUCAGGCCCCGGGGAAUUCCAGCUUCAUCGCUUGAGGGAGAAAACCUGAUUGCUUUUUGGGGGCAAAAGAAAGCAAUGUUUAGGUAUCACUACUUGGACCGCAUGCCUUUUUACAGCCAAACUCCUGUGUGUUUCGUACAUGGAUUUCGCGUUAAUGGAUAUUUAUGUAAAAAUUAGACCUCUCGAUUCGUGUGAAGAGGGUUGGUUGGGUUGGGAAGGAAGGUGGGGAGAGGGCAGAAGGAUUUUUUUUCUGUUCUAGUUCUUUCAUUUAUUUAUUUUUAAAUGUCAUCUCUGAGAUGGAUUUCGUCACCAAUGGUGACCCCGGCAGCGGGACUCAGCCCCCGCAAGAAGGACCUCGCUGCAACUUCGGUCCCAUGGUCCUUGGAGGACCAAAUCAGGUGUCAGUGCUGAGAAGCACCAGUAAAUCAGGGCAGGCGGAGCGAGGGGAGUCUUCAGGAUGGAAACACCUGGACUUCUCUUUGCUUGCCUCCCAAUCCGGGGUCCUGACUACCACGCUUCCCAGGAUGUCAUCCUGCCCCAUCCGUGUGCCGCCCCCAGCACCCCACCCGUCUCUGGGGGCGGUUCAUCAGCAAGCGUCUUCCUCGUUCGCCCCGCCCCCUCGGUGUCUGCUGGUCCCAGCAGAGCCCUGGAACGUCUGCUCUUCACGCCCGAUCCUGCAGCCGCCGGUUCGCAUCGCUCCCUCCCUCCUUCUCUUCGUCUUGUUCUCGAGCGCCCUCUUCCCCCGGAUGGACUCUGAUGUGGAAGCCUUGGCGCGUCUGCUGGGAUCUGCUGUCUGCACUGUUUUCUUUGCAUGACUUUAUAUGCAGUAAGUAUGUUGAAAAACCCAGAAAAGAAGAAAAAACACUCAGCAAAACCAAUCUACAUGUUUUGGACAAAAAAAAAAAAAAAGAAAUAGAGGUUGUAUUCUCGGUGUCCAACUCGGAAAUAUGUUGCUGCCUCUCUGUGCUUUUGGCCUCUGUGUGGCCGUGUUUUGCCAGCAUGAGAUAUUGUCCCCUCUGGAGGAUUUUAGGGGAGGAAGAGCCACAUCCCCACGGCUUUAGAGGAGGCACUGAUUCCCUCUGCGGAGUCCCAGGUGGCGGGUGGAACAGGACUGAUGGGGAUGUUUGAUCCAGACCCUCCUGAGUUUUCCCUGAUCGCAGGCUGUCUGCUGGGCUCUCCUCUCAACUGCUGUCGCCCUGGGGACAGGUGAGGCAGGCCGGCCAGGGGUAACAGGCCAGGAAAGAGGCUGCCCGAGCCUCCUGGUCUCCAAACUGGUCGAUCACUGGCCACUAGCCUUGGCAGAGACCCUGCUGCCGAGGCUCAGGGGUGGGCACUUCGCCUGCCCCUGGCCCAGAGGGCUUCCCAGUAAAGCCCGGUGAUCCCAGCAUCCCAGCAGCAAAGCCGCCCGCCUCCCUGUUAGCUGCCAGCUCCCACGGCCGUCACCAAGCCAAAGGUGUGGCCUUCACCAGGGGAUGCUGCAACUACCAAGGCCAAGUCUGGUCCCUUCUUCAGCCUUGGUGUCCCCCCUCAGUUAAAGAGGUUAAAUAGUCCUGCCCAACCUAUGUGGCAGGGCUGAGGGGGGAUCAAAUGGGGUGGUGAGGUGAAGCCCAACACAUCUGUGAGAACCAACAGGGUUAGUCACUGGCUGGACUCCUGCUCUCUUCUGAGCCCGGCCAGUCCCCUCCCCUCACCCGCCUGCCCCCUCGUUCACCUCUCUGGUGCCUGUUAACUGCUUCUCAGCAGUGAACUGUGGGGCAAGAGCUGUGGUUUGGGGGUUAUUAGGAUUUCAUUCCCAGCUCUGACCAGACUGGCUGUGUUAACCCUGGGCAAGACCUUCCCCUGCUCUGGUCCUCAGUUUCCCACAAGAAAAAACUGAGCUGGAGGACACCAAUGUCCUGCCUUUCAUUUGCGGACACACCUCCUGUCCACUGUGUCCCUCUCUCAGUACCAGGGAAGUGGAGCCACGUCCCUACCCCAGGCUGAGAUGGCCCCGCCGCAGAGGCCGCGCCUUCAGGUGGGCAGCAGCAGGUGUGGGCCAUGGGGCACCAGUGUGAUCCUGAGGUAGCAGGCAGGGCAGACGGCAGGCAGAGCAGCCCAGCACCCACCCCCACCAGACAGCCAACUCUGUACUCCUUCAGAACAUCCUGCCGAUGCAAAAAAUCUAGACCUAAGACAAGACCUAGGUCCCAGCAUGCAAACACGUUUACGGGAAGGUACUCUCCCGGGUUCAUGCCCGCUGUGGCGUUAACCCUGACCAUGGCCUCCUGUCUCCCUUCAAGGGAAGACCCCCUGGGGGGAUGUGUUUGCAGACUCCCCGUGCUGGUUUCUUUGUUACUAUCUGUUUGGGGUUUUGUUUUGGUUCUUUCUUUUCUUUCUUGUUUUCUUUUCUGUUUUUAAAAAUACGUGGCUGUGAACUU